AUGCUUUGGACCGCUUUGGCCGUUGAGGCGAAGCAACAAAGCGAUGACGGUGAAGCCCUCAUCGCUUUGUUGCUUCGCCACUAUGUACAUAUGGCACCGCCUCGGAGUAUAGAACGCCGAAGUAUUGAAAACGAACUCGAAAGCUAUUUUCGGCGGUGGAAAUUGACUCGACUUGCCACUUUCUUUUGGUUGAAGGUGACACUCGAAGGAGAUCCUGUUUGCUCUUUCAAUAGUAGCCAUAAGCUGCCAUACGAGAGGCUGGUGUUCGCUUCUCGAACAGAGUAUUCAACUCGUUACUCGGCUAUCUCUGCCGCAGAUGGGAAGGUUCUUGUAAGGUACUUAAAAUUGAACUGUACCGAUGGCGGUGCCGUCUCGGAAACCGCCGAUACUGCCGAUUCUAAAGCAAUACGGAGUCGUCCCGGAACGGUCAGCCUUGGUGUUCCUUCUACAAGUUGA